AUGUCCUCUUCGCAAAGUGCCACUUCCCCGAUGACACUAGUAUACCACGUCUACACUGAGCCCUGCAAAUCUCGACAAGUCAGAUCAUUCCUCUCAAUGAAGAGGAAUACUCCAGAUCAUCUGGUACUAAGAUCCAAGUCAUCUUUAUUUAGAGGUCGCUUCACCGAGAAAGAUAUCGAAAAUCAUGGAAAUAAAGUACAAAGCAGAUUUCAUGAAUUGGUAGAUACCGGUAUUCGAAUGAACGAAUAUGCCACGGUCCAAGAGUACGUCGACUCAAGAGUCGACCUCCUCAAAAGUAUACUUUCUUUUGGAAAUUACGAAUUUCGAUCGACAGAUGACCCAUCGGUGAUACCUGCUUUGGAAAAGUUCAAGAAAAUCAUUCUAUCGCUGAACAUGAUAAAGACUCUGGUGGUUGAUAAUCGACGAAGUCAUCUGAGAAGGUUUGCGGAGGCUUAUAUGACUAAGAAAGAGGGAAGUGGAAAUAAUCAGGUCGAUUUGGCGGAUGAGCUGCAGAAAACUUGGAUCGGAUGUGGAGUAUAUUCGAUGAAUUCUAAAUGUAUGGAAGAACUUACCAAAUAUGGCAUUUUGGAGAAUUAUGUCCCACCAUCAAUCAAUGACUUGCAUACGAUGGACAAGAUUAGUCAAAGCGAUACCAAAGUCAGUGAGAGUGAAGAUACAGCUAUCCGUGGAGAAUACCAAAAACUCGGCAAUCGAGAUACCAACACCAUGUCUGGGUUAGCUGAUGCAGAUGGUGACAAUUGGGAUGAAGAUGCAGUAUUCGAGGAGAUAGAUCUCACCUUUGCGUGA